AUGGUUCUCUCUAAGCCGGACGAUGCCCCUGUGCAAACGUUCUUUGACCUUACAGGCAAAGUCGUCGCCAUAACUGGAGGCGCACGAGGAAUUGGCCUAGCUGUAGCUACGGCAUACGCCGAGGCUGGCGCGAAAAUUGCUAUUCUCUAUCACACAACGACGACCGCUUCAAAGACCGCAGAAGAACUUUCUUUUAAAUAUCAAACAGAAGCUCGUGCUUACCAGGCCGAUGUCACCGUUCCGAAGGAAAUCUCCGCGGCAAUCGACCAGAUCGCCAAGGACUUCGGAAAGCUGGAUGUCAUUGUGGCCAACGCCGGAAUUUGCUCCGAGUAUGCGGCUAGUGAUUAUACUCCUGAAGAGUUUGAGCGGAUCAUGGACGUCAAUGUCAAUGGAGCUUUCUAUACUGCACAAGCCGCUGCAAGAAUAUUCAAGCAGCAAGGCUUCGGUAAUGUGGUAUUCACGGCAUCCGUUAGCGCAACGCUUGUCAAUACACCUCAACGCCAGGCCGCGUAUAAUGCCUCUAAGGCUGGCGUUUUGCAACUAGCCAAAUCACUUGCAGUGGAAUGGGUGGACUUCUGUCGAGUCAACUGUGUUUCACCUGGCUAUACACAAACCCAGAUCAUGGAAUAUGCAUCUAAAGAUAUGCUCGACAAGUGGCUAAGUCAAAUUCCCGCCCGCCGAUUCGCCUCUCCAUAUGAACUUAAAGGGGUAUAUCUCUUCUGCGCUUCUGAUGCUUCUAGCUAUAUGACAGGCUCGAAUUUGGUGAUUGAUGGUGGAUUUACUCUUCCCUAA